AUGGUGGCUGUACAAGCCGAUUCUCAAGACGAUCUCGAUUUCUCUAUUGGCAAUCUACCCGAAGGCCUUAAUGUCUCGGCAACAACCGCACCUCCAACAGGAUUGGGCGAGUUGGAUCACUUGUCUCUAAAGCAAGAUGUCGAUCAGUUUGGUUUAGCAGGCAAGAUCUGGCAAAGUGCGUAUAUGCUUCAAUCCUAUUUCUCACCAACAUGGCGCCAAAGUACAAUACCAGCUCCACCAAUACCAAACGAAUACUGCCUUGACAACAAUGACCAAGAUGGCUCCAACGACACCACUAUACCCACCAAACCAUUUCGAAUCGUUGAAUUAGGUGCCGGUACCGGCUAUGUUGGGAUUUGGUUGGCCAAGAUGCUACGACAGCCUAGCGAGAUAUACAUCACUGAUCUUGAACAAGUACUUCCCCUGAUCCGCGACAAUGUAGCCACACACUAUCAACCUCAUAACGCUGAUACUUCAACAACCGUGCACGUCCAAAGGUUACAUUGGGGCAACAAGGAGGAUAUCAAUGCUUUACUAGCAGAUGGUCCAAUUGAUUUGGUUAUCGUGAGCGAUUGUGUCUAUUUCCCAGAGCUUUUCGAACUCUUGACAACCACGCUUCAAGAUAUAUGCAACCCCACCACCAAAGUCGUCAUUGGAUACAAAUGCCGUUCAUUGGAAAAGGAAGCAGGGUUUUGGCAGGAUUACUUUGGACGCUUUUUCGAUUAUGAACCUGUAUGGAAAUUGAUCCCAGAUACCGAUGAAGAGGAGGAGGAGCAGCAGCAGCAACAAGGGCAGGAAAAAGAUUGCAAUGAGAAGAAGCUUGUGCAAGGAGGGAUGCUAGGCGAGGAGGAGCAAGUUUACAUUUUUGUCGGGAGUAAACGACCAGAAGGGCAGAUCAAGGCAGCUGAUGAUACAUUCACGACAUUGCUUUUCUGUAAUAUAAUGGAUUUAUAA